AUGGUGAAGGAUUUCAACUACUUUCCCGACAGGGGGAUCUAUGUAGACGAGGAGAACGAUCACCUGUCGGCUCACCUCUUCUUACUUGGAGGCACCAAGUGGAAGUCUCUGCGCCAGAAGCUGACGCCCACGUUCACAUCGGGAAAAAUGUGCGCCAUGUUCAGCAUAGUGCGCGACUGCGCGCGCAUUCUGGCUGACGUCACUCCUGCGGGCAGUGUCGUCGAAGUCCGCGAGCUGAUUGCCCGCUACUCCACUGACGUCAUCGCUUCCUGCGCCUUCGGCAUCGACGUCGACAGCCAGCACAACCCUGAGGCGGAGUUUCGCCAGUGGAGGCGGCGCUUCUUCAAGCCGUCGCUGCGCACUUAUCUUAGUCAGGCUCUGGGGUUCUCUAAUCCGAAACUGCGCACCCUGCUGCCGGUAGCCUUCACGCCAAAGGACUUCACAGAGUACUUCACACGUGUCGUCGACGAGACAGUCAAACACCGAGAGGAGACAGGCGUCAUUAGGAAGGACUUCCUGCAGCUGAUGACUCAGCUGAAGAACAAUGGAUACGUCGAUGACAGCUUCUCAAUCACUGGCCAGCCGAAAACUGAACAAAAAAGCAAGACUCUGACGACCAAGGAGGUGGCAGCACAGGCGUGGAUGUUUCUCAUCGCUGGGUUCGAAACUUCCUCUACCACCGUAAGCUUCUGCCUGUAUGAGCUUGCUAGACACCCGGAUAUCCAGAAGAAAGUACAAGAAGAAAUCGACGACGUACUGAAAAAGACCAACGGUGAUGUGACAUAUGAAGUCAUUAUGACCCAGAUGCCAUACUUGGAAAAGGUGGUGAAUGGACGUAAAACACUAAUCUUCUCCUAUAAGCUUGGCAAGACACCGAAAGAAACAUAUGCAACGCUGUGUAAUUUCAGCAUGAAUGGAAUACGUUUUGCUCCUGGCUAUAGUGUAGAACAAGCUAUGGAAGACUUAUUUCGUAGCAGUAGUGAUUCAGAAGGUAGUGACGCCGAAGAUGAUGGAACAGAGACACAGGUAGACCAAAGUGAAGAAAUUUGUUUACAUGAAUUAGAAGAAAAUGAUAUUCUUGCUGAAAAUGAUGACAGUGGAGAAGAUGAAAGUGCAGUACUGGCAGUUUAUUACUAA